AUGUUUGACUUGACAGACAGGACCACCAACAACGAAGACUCAACGGGAGCUUUCUUGUCUAAAUCUAAACCAACAGAUACAAAUACAAACAUAGACUACAAGCUUAACAAAAUUACAAAUGCAAGUUCACAAAUAAGCAACAAAGAAA